AUGGCCAAAACUGUCAGAGCUCCCAGGCAUAGUUCUGCCUCGUGGGCCGCUACUGCAAGAAGACCGACCGACUGGGGAGGUUGCGGAGGUCAGGGGCCUUUGCCCUCACCUCGUGCAUCCCUUCUGGCAGGGCAGAAGUCCGGUGCCCCGAGCGUCACCAACGCCCCGAGUCUGACUCUUCCCAAUAUGGGAAGACCGGCCCAAGACGGCUCUGUGUCCCCUCCUCCGAGGAAGCCUGCCGUGGACCAGAUGAGGGCAGCGCCUUCGAGCCGCAUCAGCCCGAAGCCGAGACAGUCGGUGUUUCCGUUUCAUGGCGGUGGUGGUAAGUAUCAUGGAUGUGCUUUUGGUUACGAUGGCGAUGACUUUGCUCUGGCACAAGACUCCAAGCACCCACAUCCCUUGCCCUCCUAUCAAAUCAUGUCGAAUCAUCCCAUUGGCAUUCGACUUCUGGUGACGCUGCUGGCGACCGUAGUCCAGACAGCUUCCAGCGCAUCGUUGCUCCAGCCACUCUCCACUCAGCUGCCAAACAGCACCACCUUCCCGGCUGCUCCGGUGCAGCAUCACCUGCCACCAUUUGGCACAGAGAUUUCUGGUCCAAAGGCGACGAACAAGUUCUGGGCGAACUGGGUGGUGGAAGAGGGACGUGGCCUUGCCAUCCACCCCAUGCCCUACGUCUUGCAGUUUGGAUCGCAGCCAGGAGAAGCACCGAACCUCAAGGUCUCACGCAGCCAAUCUCCUCACGUCGCCUAUGGCGAUGCUGAUUCUAACGGCCCAGACAAGAUCCGUUACUACUUCUCGCCGGUUAUCAACGAGUUCGGCCUUGGAGCCCUCGAAAACACCGGCAUGGAGGGCCCGGUUGUCGUCAAAGAAGGCCUCUUCGGCAUCCACGCGGAGCUUCGGGGCCCGGAAGGAACAUCUCGGAAGAUGACUUUCCCUAUCUACAGUGGCAUGGCCUACGUGUCAGCUUUUUACGAGGGCGGCUUCACCCCGAAGAUCACCUCUCAGAGGGCCCUGCUCGGAGUCGAUCCGAUCCAGGAUGGGGUCUGGCGAUUGACAAACAAUGGUGGCCGGGAGUUCCGCCUCUAUGCCAUCCUCUCAUCUGGUGAGUUUGCUGAUGGAACCUACCAGUUCAACAGCCAAGGCCUGAUGAACAAGCCUUUCGAGGGAUGGCUGCGUCUCGCUGAGGUUCAGGCAGCAGGCGACGUGGAAGUUCUUGACCAGCAUGCCGGAGCUAUUCUCUCAGAUUGGGACAUGGACGUGGAGCUGGGCACUUUAACGUAUCAUUUCUCGAAAAGCGGCCUGCAGAAUGUCCCGGUCCUGCACUUCUGCUAUGCCCACCAUGAGAAGAUGCUUGUUGGGGACACCCAAGAGGUGUCCGCCCUGACACCUUUGCGGCCACCAACCAAAGGCAUGAUGUUGGGUGUGGUUGGUGAUUCCUGGGUCAUGGACAUCGAUACCACGGAGGUCCUUCAGCUCGGGUUUCUGCCAGCGAACGAACCGGCUGCAGAGCACGCUGACUUCUUGGCAGAGAAGGCCAUCGGGACCUCGCAGUGGUUCCUGGAUUCCGACAACUGGAAGCUGGCAAUGUUCCGUGGGAGCUAUUAUUUCAGUGGGAAGGGUUUCCAGAAGGUUGCCUAUGUUUGCCUGCUGCUGGAGAAGUUCCACGGAACCAAUCACGGGGAGACGCAGGCCUGUGCGGAGAUUUUGGCGAAGGGAUUCCGGUGCCUCUACGACCGAAGUCUUCUGGGAUGCGAUGGCGCUCCGAUAGGUGCCUACUACGACGAUUCCUGGGGAGGAGUUGCCAGCCGGGAGGGCUACGGAGAGCUUGGUUGCCGCAACGCCGACUUCGGGAAUGCAUGCUACAAUGACCACCAUUACCAUUUCGCCUACUACGUCGUUUCUGCUGCCAUCCUCGUAAAGCUCAAGCCGGAGUUUGCGACCAACGUGCCCUUCGUGUCUUUCGUUGAGACGCUGAUCCGGGACACUGCAAACCCAAGCCGAGAUGACCCAUACUUUACGACUUUCCGCGCCUUCGAUUGGUUUGACCUUCACUCUUGGAGCCGCGGGGUCGUCCCGAGUGCGGACGGUAAAGAUCAGGAGUCCACUUCCGAAGAGCUGAACCUGCUCUAUGGAAUCAAGCUCUGGGGCUCCGUCAUGCAGAAGCCUGCCCUGCGAGACCUCGGAGCGACCAUGCUUGCCCUGUGUGCCUUCACGGUGAAGGAGUUCUUCCUUAUGAAGUCAGACAACAUUCAUCAUCCACCAGACUUUGUCAAGAAUCAUGUUACGGGCAUCUUCUUCCAGAACAAGGUUGACUAUGCGACAUGGUUCGGUUGGCGCUACGAGUACAUCCACGACAUUCAAAUGCUUCCACUGUCUCCAGCUCUGCUCCUUUCGCGCACGACAGAGUUCUGCGCCCAGGAGUGGAAUAAUAUCCUGUCUCAUCUUGCCCUGCCGUCGACUGAUCCUUGGACGUCGAUCCUGCUUACAGGCACCUUGGCGUUGGUGGACCCGGCAGAAGCAUAUGCCAGGCUGAUGGACAUCGAUGACUCCUUCAUGGAUGACGGCCUUACCAAGGUUUGGGCAUUGUACUGGGCUGCCACGGCUGCAUCUGGCACGCCCCCUGCCACUACGACUACGACUACGAACGCCUCGGGAACCGCACCCUCGACCACGAUCACGGUGGCAUCCUCCACAUCCUUCCUGGCACCCACCACGACGACAACCACAACAACGACAACAACCACAACAACCACAAGCACGACUACCACGACAACGACAUCUGUGGAGACAUCCACGAACCCACCGGGCAUCCCGCCAGUCAACCUGGCUUUGGAAAGGCGCACUGAAGCUUCCAGUGAAGCACCUACUUUCACCUCCAUGUGGGCUGUGGACGGCUUGUUCACCACGCGGUGGAGUCCGGCAGCUGACGAUGUGGUUCCAUGGAUCGCUGUUGAGCUGGAUGGCAUCUACCAGCUUUCCCACAUUGUUGUGGUGUGGCAGGAGUUCUACCCAAGCGGCUAUGAUAUCCAAACCAAGGGAAGCGGUAACACCUGGGUGACCUUGGCAUCACAGGUGGGCCGCGCCGGCGCAGUGCAGACCGAGCUGCAAGGCUCGGACUCGGUGAGCUGGCUGCGCUUGCUUUGCCACGGCGGCUCGGAGCUUCGCGUCUUCGAGUUCCAGGUCUACGGAACACUGGACACAGAGACGACGACGACGACUACAGAGCUGGUUGAGACUGGCACUUCUACUACAACCACCACGCCCUUCGAUGGCCUGAACCUCGCGCAGGGCAAGCCGGUGCUCGCAUCCUCCUUCCGUUCGCCUACAGAGUUUGCUUUCCGUGCAGUGGAUGGUAUGCUUGAGACGCACUGGGCAUCUGCACUUGCGCCGGAGCAGUGGAUUUGGGUGGACCUGCUGGGGGCCUACGAUCUCACAUCGGUGUUGGUUCUGUGGGGCUCGGACUUCCCAAACCAAUAUUCCAUUCAAACAGCUCCCAAUGGGAUCGACUGGACGACAGCGGCUGUGGAGACAGGCAUGGCAGGCGCCGUUCGGACCACUUUUCCUCAGCAAGUCACAGGGCAGUGGAUUCGAAUCUUCUGCCACUCCGACACAGGUUGCGGCAGCAUCGACGAGCUGCGCAUCUUCGGGACGGACCCCAGCUACCUCUCCACAACGGUCACAACGACGCCUACAGCAGGUGGCACAACGCAUGGCACCGAAGCCACCACGAGCACUGGUGCAGCGACCACUGGCUCUCGGCCUGCUGUGACUGUGCUGAUUUCGUGGGGGUCGGAAUCUCCGGCAGAGUUCCGCCUGGAGGCUGGGUACAGCGCAGCUCAUUGGACCCCUAUUAUCACGGCAGCAGGACAGGCCAACAGCGAGGUGCGGGUGGUCUUCAACCCGGUGAACUUGCAGUUUUUGAGGGUCCUCUGUACUGACCUAGGGUCUUCGACCGGCUGCAGCAUUCGGGAGCUUGAGGUGUACAACUCUGGCCCACCAGCGACGACCUCAAGCACCACGCAGAGCACGAGCGCAGCCUCAACGACUGGAUCCAGCUCCGAGACAUCGGAAGCUAGCACCACAGAUGCAGCGCUGCCGACAACCUCGAACUGGACGGGUCCUCAUUCUGAGAACACUUCCACAUCGACCAUGACCGUCACCACCACACUUCCUCCCAACAUUGCUUUCAGGAAGCCCAUCCGAGCCUCUUCGCAGCGGUCGCCCACAGAGUAUGCAGCACGUGCGAACGAUGGCGACGAGGGCACCCGCUGGGCUUCUGCGGGAGGCCAAACGGAAUGGAUCUUGAUCGACCUGCUGGGCAGCUACGUCUUGGAGGGCGGGGUCAUCCUGUGGGGCGAUGCCGUGCCAGCCAGCUACGGUCUUGAGGUCAGCUCCGAUGGCGUGAACUGGGCACCGGUGUUCGAUGAGAUGACGCCGUCUGCGGACUACCGCAACUACAACAACCUUCCCAGCAUUCUUGGGCAGUGGUUGAAAGUGACAUGCCACAACGAAGGCACUACCGGAUGCAGCAUGAAGGAGGUGCAGGUGCACGGUAUCCGAGCCGCGGACGUGAGCCUGGCAGAGCUCGAGGAGUUGGCAGAAAGGACGUCCCGUGCAAGCGGGCUCUUCCCUUUGCCCUGCUUGGUUUUCAUGUUCCUGAGGAUGUUGGUCUAG